AUGAAGCAGACCACACGAUGCCUCCCGUAUCUAAAACAUGCCAGAGUUGUGCGGAUUCCAAGUAAGAUCGCGGCUCUCGAGUCAAAAAUCAAUGAACUUAAAGCCGGGCGUGCUGGUUUAGAAGAAAAUGAUAACAACACGAGCACGCGUAGCACAUCAUUAGCUGAUGGCGAUGCUGCGCUUGAAGAUAUCAUCAGCCGAGACUUACUUGACAUCGAGACCGCCGAAAAGUACCUAAGCGCAUUCAAGACCAAACUGACCCCACACUUCCCAUUUGUGGUUGUGCCCCCUGAUGUCUCUGUCGAGCAGCUCCGCCAGGAGAAGCCAUUCCUAUGCUUAGCAAUCCUUGCAUCAGCUUCCUACGAGAACAUGCCACUGCAACGGGCUCUAGGGGAUGAAGUCAAGAAAGUCGUCGCAUCACGCAUGGUCAUCGGUGGGGAAAUCUCCUUUGAGUUGCUACAAGGACUGUUGGUGUUCCUCGCAUGGUCGCAUUAUCACUCACGGCCACACCGUUAUACUCAAUUCCUCCAAUUGGCUAUAAGCCUCAUGAUAGAUCUGCGGUUGGACCGUCCGCCACAAACACGGACGUGGAAGACAGAGUUGCGCUUUGGGCUGCAAUAUAAUUUGCAGAAUCAGACGUUCAGUCGGCCUUCUUGGGGAAGCAACGAGCAGAGGGCUGUCUUGGGCUGUUAUUAUUUAUCGUCAUCGAUUGCGAUGCUUGUGCAAAAGAAAUCUACUAUUCUGCGUUAUCCGUACCAGGAAGAGUGUUGCAAGGCUAUCCACGAAGCCAACGAGUAUCCUCACGACAAAUACAUCAGUUAUGUGACACAGCUCCAAUUUAUUGCAGAAAAAGUCGACCAUCUAUCUGCAAAGCAUGGACUUGACUUGGAAACGCCUGGAUCGGGGUCAGAGCUCUAUAUCGCCAAUCUAAAGUCAGAUCUGGAGGCAUUCUACCGUCAUCUACCCUUCGACAUCACCGAAAGCUCUGUAAAUGAAGCUCUUCUUGCGAUACAAUAUCACGCGACAGGGCUUGGCCUAUACCAACUAGCUCUCAAUAUGACCAACCAAGAGCCCCAAUCACCUUUUGACUGCAACUCCUGGAGAGAGGAAAUGUCAUUAUCGGCGUAUAUCUCAGCCAGUUCGAUCCUCAAUCUGUACAUUCGACUUCCGCACAACGGGGAAGUCGGAUUCAACAAUACGCAAUGGGUACAAAUAGCAUUUGCCUUGCUAGUUGCCUAUCGACACACCGUGGCAGCAUCCAAGCCAAAUCAAAUUGCUGCCUUCCUAGAUACUCUUUCAAAAUUGAGAUCGAGGAUUGAAGCAUUGUCUACUUCUGACGUAGAUAAAAACGGCACUCGAGAUAUUUUCUUCAACUUUAGGAACCGUAUAGUUCAAAUCGAGAACUGGCUCGGGGGACAUAAUAGACAAGAAGAUGAUGCUCACGGCGAGGAGAGCCUUGAAGAAUUUCAGCACACGUCAUGUUUGGAGCCGACACACUUUGACGGGUUUAUGGAGGCUGCAGAGGCUGCGGAGCAUCUUGAUAUCCCUCUUGUGGAUUCAUUUUCAUCUUCGACGGAGGACUUACAAAUCCCCCAUGAUUUUCUCUCUGCGUCUUCCUUUGAGCAGAUUAUGCGUGACUGGGUAUGA